CGGGCUCAUCCAUCUUCCGGAGGCGGAGCGCCGGCCCCGCAGCCGCUGGUUGUGCGAACGCUGCCGUUGCUGGCAGUGAGGAAGCAGCUAGGACUGAGGGCUUUCCGCGCCGGGGUGGAGCGCCAUGGACGAAGCUGGCGGCUGUGCGAGCGGUGGAGGCUUCCGCCCGGGCGUAAACAGCCUCGAUGAGCCGCCUAACAGCCGCAUCUUCCUGGUGAUCAGCAAGUACACGCCUGAGUCAGUGCUGAGGGAGCGAUUCUCGCCCUUCGGCGAGAUCCAGGACAUCUGGGUGGUGCGGGACAAACACACCAAGGAGUCCAAGGGCAUCGCCUUCGUCAAGUUUGCCCGCAGCUCGCAGGCCUGCAGAGCCAUGGAGGAGAUGCACGGCCAGUGCCUCAGCCCCAACGACACCAAGCCCAUCAAGGUCUUCAUUGCUCAGUCCAGAUCAUCUGGAAGUCACCGAGAUGUUGAAGAUGAAGAACUUACAAGAAUCUUUGUUAUGAUACCAAAGUCCUACACAGAAGAAGAUCUACGGGAAAAAUUUAAGGUAUAUGGAGAUAUCGAGUAUUGCAGCAUUAUUAAGAAUAAAGUCACUGGAGAAAGUAAAGGUUUGGGCUAUGUGCGAUACUUAAAACCAUCACAAGCUGCCCAAGCAAUAGAAAACUGUGAUCGAAGUUUUAAGGCAAUAUUGGCUGAACCUAAAAAUAAAGCAUCUGAAUCCUCUGAACAAGAUCAUUAUAGUAGUAUGAGGCAGGAGACUUUGGGACAUGAACCUAGAGUAAAUAUGUUUCCAUUUGAACAACAACCUGAAUUCGCAAGUUUUGAAAAGAAUGACAACAGAGGCCAGGAAGCUAUCUCUAAACGCUUGUCGGUUGUAUCAAGAGUUCCUUUCACUGAGGAGCAGCUUUUCAGCAUUUUUGAUAUAGUACCAGGAUUGGAAUAUUGUGAAGUUCAACGAGAUCCUUAUUCAAAUUAUGGUCAUGGAGUGGUUCAGUAUUUUAAUGUAGCGUCAGCUAUUUAUGCAAAAUACAAGUUACAUGGAUUUCAGUACCCUCCUGGAAAUCGAAUAGGUGUUUCCUUCAUUGAUGAUGGGAGUAAUGCAGCAGAUCUCCUUAGAAAAAUGGCAACACAGAUGGUAGCAGCACAGCUUGCAUCAAUGGUGUGGAAUAACCCAAGUCAGCAGCAAUUUCUGCAAUUUGGAGGAAGUUCUGGAUCACAGUUGCCUCAAAUCCAAACAGAUGUUGUACUUCCAUCAUGCAAAAAAAAAGCCCCUCCGGAAACUCCUGUGAAAGAAAGACUUUUUAUUGUGUUUAAUCCUCAUCCUUUACCCUUAGAUGUAUUAGAGGAUAUAUUCUGUCGUUUUGGUAACCUGAUCGAAGUUUACCUUGUGUCAGGAAAAAAUGUGGGGUAUGCCAAGUAUGCAGAUAGAAUAAGCGCUAAUGAUGCCAUUACAACUUUACAUGGAAAGAUCCUGAAUGGGGUCAGGCUUAAAGUUAUGCUGGCAGAUUCCCCAAGAGAAGAAUCUAACAAACGGCAAAGAACUUACUGAUACUUGAGAACAGAGACUAAAUAAUGACAUAAUCCUCAGCUGACUGACUGAAAAUGUGACUGGACGCACUCCUUGUGGACAGUUGACAGCUUUUUUUUUCAUAUAACCUGAUAGUCUGUGCACAACAUUGUUUUGUCUGGGGAGCAGGGAUUGCUGACAUGUAUUUUCUAAUCCACACAUUAAUGCUAAAACUAAUAUAGUAGUUGUUUCAUAGAACAAUAUGUUGUUAAUGUGUAGCAGAAAUAAAGUUUUCUUUGCUUAACUAAGUCAUGCCUUAUUUAUGUGAAAGACGAGAAUGAAAAAAUUUAAUAGACAUUGUUUAGAAUUUUAUUAAAUGACAUAUUUCAUUGAUUUUGAGACGCACAUUCUUUCACAUUUUAAUGCCACUGAUAUUAGAAACAUCUUAAUUAAUUGUGUGUCAUAGUGCGAUCGACAACCUUUUUCUUAGUAGAAUAUAAAGGUGCUUCUUUCAAUCAGUUGCAUCUUAGAGUCAAUGAAAUAUGGUAAUUGCUAUUCAGUCUACACAUGCAGGUUAACUACUUAUUCUAAGAAGAAGAUCCAAAAGACAUAUCAUUAGAAGUAUUUUUAUCCUGUAUUUUUAGAGUUACACCAAAAUUUGUUGGUAAUUUUCUAAAGAUCUUUCAAGAUUAUAGAGCAGAGCAAUAGUGAUAAAAGUGAAAAAAUUAAAAGUUAUGAUGGUAAUAAGUUUAAAUAAAUGAUAGAGGCUUUGGGGGUGGACAUUUUUCCCUUAUAAAUACAGAAGUGUAAUGACCACUGCAAAAAUAUAACAUGUAAACAGUUUUCAAGACAUACUAUGAUAAGUGUAAUAAUGUCAAAGUUAAAGAUUAAAAUUUUCAUUAGGAACCUAUUCUGCUUAUGUUUUGAAAACCUAAGAAAAAAUUUUAUCAGCUCUUGAGUAAACAAUAUGUAUGAAAAAUGGUACAUUUAAAUCAAGCACUUGGCACCUUAAAAAAAGAUAUUUAUGGUAUAUAAUUGUUAAAACAUCACUUAAUUAUCUCCUUAUUAUGUCUGUCACAUUCUCAGUUCAACUAAAAGUAGGGGAAGAUUAAAUUCACUGAACAUAGUAGAGUAUUUCAUGCUGCAACAUCCCUCCACUGAAAAAUUUAAAUCCUUUUUUUGAAUCAGUAAUUUUAGUAAAUUUCAGUAAGAAAAUCCACUCUUAUCUUCCCAGGUAGGACUUACUGAAUAAUAAUUGAACCAAGGAUCUUUCUGUGGGUGAAAGGACAUAUUUAAAAAUGAAAGCAAAUUCUCUUUAAAAAUCAAAAACCUGAAUCAGGAGAAAUGAGGAUUAAUUAGCAACAGAUAGAUUUGUUCAGCCCAAACUCAUUUACUGCACACCUAGUUCAGUUUUCACAGAUUGGAGUUUAAUUGGACCUUAAAAGUUAUCUGCCUCUGUCGCCCAAGUAAUGCUUGAAUUCCCUCAAAAAUAUUCUUGCCAGGUCAUUAAACAGAGCAAAAGUAAUAGUUAAUAGGCAGGGAGCACUCUACUUUCUACUUGAGUCCGUUGCAGCUUUGGUUAAUCCUCAUAAUUGAGAUAAAAUUUGAUUCUGUUCAAUUUUCACCCAUUAGUCUUCUAAGUUUUCCAUUGGGCCAUAUAGAAGCUGAAUCUCUCAAAUGGUAGCUAUUAUAUAACCUCCUGCGCUCUAUACAUUUUCUGUUCAAAUUAUAUAAUCCCAGUUUCUCCAGCAUUUCCUGCAUUUAAGGUUGGCCAGCCAUUGUCAGCAAACAGCUGUGAUUUUGCUAAGGUUCCUCGUACAGGUUUCUAUCCUCGAGUCCUUCAUGUAAGUUCUAAAUAGACUUGUAUAAUACCUCUCUGCCUAUAAAGCACUUCUUUAAUUUUUCAGUGCAAUCUUCUGUUUUAUGUUCUUGAUCCCAGUUACAUGUCUCAAUGAACAGUGCUUUACUGUGCAUUUAAUUUUAAUCUCAACCAUUUAGACUUAGAUGCUUUUCUGUCUCUUGAAGUUGAUCCCUAAAACUUUUUAAGAGCCAGAAUGUCACAUUUUUCUUAAAAAUGAAGAAAGUCUAGAACCUGAGAAAAAACAUCAAACUACUGCUUCUGUCUUCACCUAAACAUUUACUUCUCAAAUGCAGUAUAAGAACGUAAUAUAUGGAUAUUUAGAUGUUCUACGUAUGUCAGUUAUUAAAACUGCUGACUUGGUGAGUUUUUAUUAGAUAUAAGUUGCUUGGAGACCUGGUGGCAUAGUGGUUAAGAGUUCAGCUGCUAACCAAAAUGUUGGCAGUUCAAAUCCCCCAGCCACUCCUUGGAAACCCUAUGGGACAGUUCUACUCUGUCCUAUAGGGUCGCUAUGAGUCGGAACCAAAUAGAUGGCAGUUAACAAGAAUAAUAGUUGCUUAAUUAAAAAAAAAAAA